AUGGCAGAAGGUGUGAUCCAGCGCUUCCGACGCGCAUUCCGCUCCCCAGCAAAAAUCAAGGAGGAGGAAAAGAAGAGACAUGCCGACGGACCAGCAACAGAUGGAAAGUCGAAGCCUGAAGAGACGGAACAUGGAGGCGGGAAGCCAAAUGGGACUGAGAAACCGCAGUCCGUUGGAUUCUGGAGUCCUGAGUUGCGACAAGUGAGGAACCGAGCGUUUGCCAAAUGGAUCGUUACAACGGCUUUUCUCAUGGCUUUUAUACUCGUGGUUUUGUCGUUGUACUGGGGCGUUUUCUUCAAUGUACAGAAUCGGCUACACCGCUUGCCAGUGUUCGUUGUGGACUUCGAUGGUGUCGCGCCAUACGAUCAGACGGGAAAUCAGCCUUUCGUUGGACCUACGAUUACAGAUCUUAUCCAGACGACAUUGAGUCAGGGCUCUCCGACAAUAGGGUGGGAAGUCAGACCAUCAUCGCAGUACAACAAUGAUCCGCUUCAGGUUCGACAGGCGGUGUAUGAUUUGAAGGCCUGGGCUGCUAUCAUCAUCAACCCGAAUGCUACAGCUAUGCUCUACUCUGCGAUCGCCAAUGGCAAUGUGUCCUAUGAGCCUCUUGGAGCAUGCCAGCUUGUCUAUCAAGCUGCGCGAGAUGACACGAAUUGGUCUAGCUUCCUAUCGCCGGUGAUUACGAAGUUACAAACUGAGGCGCAGACAAUGGUCGGGAGAAUGUGGAUGAACUUGGUGCUGCAGAAUGCCACUGAACCAACUACCCUUUCGAACAUGCGAAAUGUCCCACAGGCCAUUAAUCCCGCAAUCGGCUUCUCAGAGUUCAACUUGAGACCAUUCUACCCCUACACUGGUAUCCCAGCUGUAUCCAUUGGACUCAUCUAUCUCAUCAUCAUCUCCUUCUUCAGCUUCUCCUUCUACAUGCCCAUCCACAUGCAAUACAUCAAACCAGAGAACCACCCGCCCUUGAAAUUCCCCCAACUCAUCGCCUGGCGCUGGCUCGCCACAAUCUCCGCCUACUUCAUGCUCUCCCUCGCCUACUCCUUCGUCAGCAUGGCCUUCCAACUAAACUUCACAGCCACCAACCCCAUCACCUCGACCACGCAGGCCACCGACACCGCAUUUGGCAAUCCAGUAUCCUACGGCCACGGCACCUUUCUCGUUUACUGGAUGCUAAAUUUCUUCGGCAUGAUUGCGCUGGGUCUUGCGUGCGAGAAUAUGGCCAUGGUGGUGGGACAGCCGUGGAUGGGGCUGUUUUUGAUCUUCUGGGUCAUUACGAAUGUGUCGACAAGUUUCUAUGAUAUUGAAAUUGCCCCUGGUUUUUAUCGAUGGGGGUAUGCGUGGCCGUUGCAUUCAAUUGUUGAAGGCAGUCGCUCUAUCCUGUUUGACCUGCAUUCCCGGAUCGGUGUCGAUUUUGCAAUUCUGAUUGGGUGGGGCACGGUGAAUACAUUGGUUUUUCCGUAUGCGUGUUGGUUUAUGAAAUGGAAACAAGAAAAAGGUAUUCACGAAUACUGGCCCUUGGACUAG